AUGGCUGAAAAUCUGGAAAUUUCCCUGAUCCCAGCCCUGCUGAUGCUGCCUCUCCUGCUGAAGGUUGCAGCGUUGCACUACCUGCUGGGUAUAACCGUCCUGACAGCUCUGCCUGGCCUGGUGCUGUGGUACUACUAUGCAACGCACCGAAAGAAGAGACGCACCCUCUUCUUCCUCACCCUCGCAUUGUACUCUCUGGCCUACAUGUAUUACCUCUUCAUCACAGAGAUUUUACCGCGUGGGGACGUCAGCCAGCUGCAGGUGUGCACCGUGACCUCUGGGAUGAUCUUCACUAUAGUCUCUCUUAUUCACACCAAGAAAGGCCCAGGAUUUGUGACUGCUGCCCUUCACAACUCUCACAGUCAGGAGGAUAAAAAGGAGUCCACACAAGUAAAUAAUGGAUCUCUCCAAUCAGCAGCCUCUCCCUCAGGGACACCAGCAGAGCUGCAAACCCCAAAGGAGGGCCUCGGAGCAAAGUGGAGCAGGUGGCUGAAAGUACCAUCUAAAAGUACAUUUCAGUAUCCUGUAUUUGGUGCCAUGGCUGAAAAUCUGGAAAUUUCCCUGAUCCCAGCCCUGCUGAUGCUGCCUCUCCUGCUGAAGGUUGCAGCGUUGCACUACCUGCUGGGUAUAACCGUCCUGACAGCUCUGCCUGGCCUGGUGCUGUGGUACUACUAUGCAACGCACCGAAAGAAGAGACGCACCCUCUUCUUCCUCACCCUCGCAUUGUACUCUCUGGCCUACAUGUAUUACCUCUUCAUCACAGAGAUUUUACCGCGUGGGGACGUCAGCCAGCUGCAGGUGUGCACCGUGACCUCUGGGAUGAUCUUCACUAUAGUCUCUCUUAUUCACACCAAGAAAGGCCCAGGAUUUGUGACUGCUGCCCUUCACAACUCUCACAGUCAGGAGGAUAAAAAGGAGUCCACACAAGUAAAUAAUGGAUCUCUCCAAUCAGCAGCCUCUCCCUCAGGGACACCAGCAGAGCUGCAAACCCCAAAGGAGGGCCUCGGAGCAAAGUGGAGCAGGUGUCCUUUGUGCAAAAUAAUGCGACCACCGCGGGCUGGUCAUUGUCGAACCUGUGGCUCAUGUGUCCAGCGUUUGGACCACCAUUGUAUCUGGAUAAACAGCUGUGUAGGACAGGCAAACCAUCGCAGUUUCCUGCUGACCCUCUCUGUGUUUGUGUUGACCUCUCUGUACGGGAUCAGUUUGGUGCUUUGCAGCCUCUGUCCUCAUCAGUAUCUAAUGACAGCGCUCUUCUACUGCCCCGGCGUCUACACUCAGUCUAGCACAGCACUUUGCUUUACCUGUGCGUGGUACAGCAGCAUUGUCGCAGGUGGGCUGCUUUACCUCUUGGUGGCACAAGUUCUCAAUAUCAGCUUUAACGUGACGGAGCGAGAGGCUCAGCUGGCUCUGAGGAACAAAACGGGCCAGAGCCGCCUGUGGGGACUCGUUGUUGACACAGGAGAGUAUUCUCGUGGCUUCUAUCAGAACUGGGUUGAGUUCCUCACCAUGACAGAUGCUUCAGCUUCUCCUCGGUCCAGCCUUACUGACUUGGUCUAGUUGUACUUAAUGCACUCGGUGACAUCGUGGUAAUACACUGUUCGUGCUGCAUGCAUGAAGAAUUCGAUUUCAUUUUUUUUUCCAAUACAUUCCAGGACUGCGGUACUAAUAGGAACAUGUUUUUAAUGACUGUUUAAAGAUGCAUAGAUGUGUUUGGGGUUUGGAUUUUUAGCAUCAUUUUCUGUUGAAGCUUUUGACCUGGACACAUGCAAGACAGUCUGUGGAUUUUGUGCCUUUUAUAAAAUUUAAUCGAAGACUGCAGACAUUAUAGCCUGCCUUUUUAUACACGUGCAGAAAGUAAGA